UUCUUAUCAACGUGCAUCCUUGACACAAAAGUUGGACUUUAGUGAGCUUUCAUUUUCAAUUGGAGCUUUCGUUUUCCAAGAAAAGAAAAGAAAGAAGUAAUGGCUGCAGCAGGAGCAGAACAUGAGGUACUCAAACAAGAAGAGUACCUUGAUGUCCUCACUAAAACUCGUCAGAAAACUGGCAUUUCAAAACCCAGGGGAGAUGUUCAUAGAGACGGGGACUACCAUGGAGCUGUUCAUGUGUGGAUAUAUUCCGAGAGUACUCAUGAAUUACUUCUUCAACAACGUGCUGACUGUAAGGAUUCAUGGCCUGGGUUGUGGGAUAUAUCUAGUGCUGGUCAUGUAUCUGCUGGCGAUUCUUCCCUAGUCUCAGCAAUGAGGGAGCUUCAUGAAGAGCUUGGGAUACUACUUCCAAAGGACGCCUUUGAAUUGAUUUUUGUUUUCCUUCAAGAGUGUGUGAUAAAUGGUGGUACAUUCAUUAACAACGAAUUUAAUGAUGUAUAUGUGGUUACGACAUUGGAUCCAAUUCCUUUGGAGGCUUUUACUCUUCAGGAAUCCGAAGUUUCAGCUGUGAAAUAUCUCUCUGUGGAGGAAUACAGAGACUUGCUUGCUAAAGAAGACCCUGACUAUGUGCCAUAUGAUGUAAAUGGUGGAUAUCAUCAAGUCUUUGAAAUAAUUAGUGAAAGGUACAGAGAAAAUCUGGAAUCUCGGAGUUUGACACUAGAAAAGCAGCUCAGUCGUUAUGCUCAGAUCUCCCUCAGUGCAGAGUUAACGGGGCUUACAAGUGCAGAUAAAGAAGCUCUAGCAUUACUGAUUAAGGCUGCAGCCAUCAUGGAUGACAUUUUUUGUCUUCAGGUUUGGUACAGCAACCCAUCCUUGAGAAAUUGGCUAAAGGAACAAGCUAACAAAAGUCAGUUGGACAAGUUGAAGUGGAAUUAUUAUCAAGUUAAUAAAUCUCCAUGGUCUUGUCUUGAUGAAAAUAAGGCAUUUUUGACAACUGCCGACUCUGCUAUUAAGCUGCUUCCUGAAGCUACAAAGCCAGUAGCAGGGUGGAAAGGCCUCCAGUAUAGAACAGCAUUUCCUGUUGUGAAACCACCUGGUGCAAAUUUCUACCCCCCAGAUAUGGACAAAAAGGAAUUUGAAUUGUGGAAGAACAGUCUCUCAGAGGAUCAGAAAAAGGAAGCAAUUGGCUUUUUCAAUGUUAUAAAAAGGCAUAGUGAAAUUUUUCUGGAUAAAGCUGAGUCUCUUGAUGUAGUGGUUGGCACCAAUUAUGCUCAUGAUCUUUAUAUUGUCCCUUACUCCAAAGAGUACAAGUCCUUGCUUGGAAAAGCUGCUGAUCUGUUGCAAAAAGCGGGAGAUCUGGCUAGCUCACCUACUCUGAAGAGGCUUCUACAUGGAAAGGCUGAUGCCUUCCUUUCAAAUGACUACUAUGACUCAGAUAUUGCCUGGAUGGAGUUGGACUCAAAAUUGGAUGUUACAAUUGGUCCAUACGAGACUUAUGAAGAUGGACUUUUUGGAUACAAGGCAACAUUUGAGGCAUUUAUUGGAGUUCGAGAUGAUAAAGCUACAGAACAAGUUAAACUCUUUGGUGAUCAGUUACAGUUCUUAGAGAAAAACCUUCCAAUGGACGAUGCUUACAAGUCAGAGGAUGUGAUUGCUGCCCCUAUUCGAGUCAUCCAGCUGCUUUAUAACUCUGGCGAUGUGAAGGGCCCCCAGACUGUUGCAUUUAAUCUUCCAAAUGACGAGCGCAUUGUAAAUGAUCGAGGGACAUCCAUGGUCAUGCUCAAGAAUGUCUCUGAGGCAAAGUUCAAGCUUAUUCUUCAGCCAAUAGCUGCUGUAUGUAUUUCAAAGGAACAACGGGAAUUUGUAGACUUUGACUCUUUCUUCACUCAUACAAUUUGCCAUGAAUGUUGCCAUGGAAUUGGACCUCACACAAUAAAACUUCCAAAUGGAAAGCAGUCUACAGUUAGACUGGAGCUACAAGAACUUCAUUCGGCAUUGGAAGAAGCAAAAGCAGAUAUUGUUGGUCUUUGGGCCCUAAAGUUUUUAAUUGACAAGGAAUUGCUUCCAAAGAGCUUGGUCAAAUCCAUGUAUGUUUCCUUCCUAGCUGGGUGUUUUCGCUCCGUACGUUUUGGAUUGGAGGAAGCUCAUGGGAAAGGGCAGGCACUGCAGUUCAACUAUCUGUUUGAAAAUGGCGCAAUUGUUUUACAUCCUGAUGAAACAUUCUCUGUUAAUUUUGACAAGGUUGAAGGUGUAGUUGAGAGCUUAAGCAGGGAGAUCCUUACCAUUCAAGCAAGAGGUGACAAAAACAUGGCCAGAAUAAUUCUUCAAAAAUACAGUGUGAUGACACAACCGCUUAAAGAUGCAUUGAGAAAGUUGGAACUCGUUCAGGUGCCAGUGGAUAUAAUUCCUGAAUUCCCAAUAGCUGACGAAAUUUUGCGGAAAUUUACUGAAGAUUGAGUUUCCAGUUUUGGUACUAUCGUUUUGUUUUGACUACAAAAUAGACCAAAAAAAACUGUUAGCCAAAAUAUUCUCAUUUCAUACUCGUACAUAAUUGCUUUUGUUUCUUCUAAAUAAAUAUGUACUCACAAUUCUAUGCUUUUUUUUUGAAUAAAUAAAUACGUGCUUCUAUUUUAUUGCUAG